ACAUGGACCCGCGGAGCGGCCCCGGGUGCGGAUGCAGUUGUGCAGAGGCAGAGCCCGCGGCACGUCUGUACCCGCACAUUAUGUAACGAGCGAGUGCAACGGAGCGUACGAGCCGGGAAAAAGCCACAAACCCCUCGCCAACACCCAGCUCCUUCUGCGCCGCGGCGGGGCGGGGGCUGCGGGGGCUGCGGGCCCGGCCGCGGAGCCGGAGCCGGAGCCGGAGCGGAGCCGCCCGCCGGCCGCGCCACCGCCCCGCCCGCGGUACCCCCGCCGUUGGCGUGGAAACGGGCUGGCGGCUCCGGCUCCUCCUCCAGCGCCAGCCCCGCGCUCCCCCUGCCCGGCUCCCCGGCGAGAGCACGGAGCACCUCCCUGUCUCCCGCGGGGGGCCGCCGGACAAGUGUUCCCACUGCCGCCUUUAGAACAGCCCGGGUUUUUACGGUUGUGUUUUCUAGGGAGAAGAUGGGAAAGGGUAGGUUCCUGCUCCUGCUGGGGCUGUGGGGCUAGUCCCUGCAGUCGCGGUGUGUCUGCUCGGCAAAUCACAGAUGCUGAUGUGAAAAAGGGCCAAAGCAGAGGAGAGGCGUCAGUGGAUGCGGGCAUUUGUACUGAUGGAUUGAGGAGGUGGAGGCGCCCUGCCUGGUGCUGGAGAGAGGUGGAAAACACAGAUUUACAGAGCUGAACUGGAUCAGCUGAAGAAGUGGGGGAAGAGAAACAAAACAAGCACAGUACCAGUGAAAAGAG